AUGGUGGACUCCAAUUCCCUUGCAGCUAUGGCUGCAAAUAUGCAGGUGAAAAACACGUUCCUGGACUUUGACGCCUUUGAUGACAUGGACCUUGGCAGCCAUAUCUCUCGGAGACAGAUUUCGGAGCCGGCAGCAAUGCUGACAAGGCAGCUGACUGUUCUGCAAGAGCAAGCACAGCAGCUCCAGCAGGCGCAGCAACAGGCGCAGCAGCAAGUUCUGCAGGCCCAGCAGAUCCAGCAGCAAGCUCAACAUGCUCAACAUGCUCAGCAGGUGCAGGCUUUAGCGCAAUCGCAGAUGGCAAGUUUUCCAGCGCCGGAACAGGGCAUGGGAGCUGCCGGAACGGAACAGCGAAUGCCUCGAAUGCUGACAGGAGAGCCAGACGAAACCCCGCCAAACGCGCCAAACCCCAUGGGCCAGAUGUUCUCCGGGAUGCCUUUCUUCUUUCCUCCUGGGUCGCUCCCGCCAGAAGUGAUGGCAAUGUCCGCCCCCUACGCGGGCAGCAUGAUGAUGCCCGCGGGCGUGAUGGAGACAGAGGGGGGUCUCGGUCUGCCUAUCCAAUACACUCUGGUGCAACCAGGCCAGCAAGGAAAGGAUUCCGGACACCUCCCACAGAUGGGGAUGCAAAUGCCUCAGGCCUACAGUCCCAACAACAUCGACGGCCGCGGAUAUCGCAGUCCGCAGGGGCCUGGGUUGCAAGAAGGAAAGGGCAUGGGCGGCAAGGGCGCGCCGAUGAAUGACACGAAGAUGGCGGAUGCAGCUCAAAGAGCUGGCAACUCGCCGAAACCUCCGUCAAACGGGCCAAUCCCUGCUGAUUGGCAAAGUGUCACAACCGUCAUGUUGCGCAACCUGCCGAACAAGUACAGCCAGCAAAUGCUCUUAGAGGAGCUCAAUCAAUCGGGCUUUGCUGGUGGCUAUGACUUCAUGUAUCUUCCCAUCGACCCAGAGACUCACGCAAACCGUGGCUAUGCAUUCAUCAAUUUUGUUUCACCCGACUUCGCAUGGCUGGCAAGAACUACCUAUGAGGGGCAGAAGAUGGGCAAGUUCAAUUCUGAGAAGCUUGUCUCAGUGGUGCCAGCCGCGCUUCAGGGCUUCGAGGCCAACUACUCCCACUACUCCACAGCCAGGGUGAACCGCGGGCCAGCAGAAACCAGGCCUGUCUUCCUUCGCGAGUCAUCUAUGCCAAGAACCAAGCCAGAGCGGAAGCGUGGUGGCCGCCGGAACCAGGGCAGCUUGAUUGAUAUGGCGGCCCGGAACCUCCACAAGAAAGACGCUCCCGAACCUCAGAACCAGGACCAGGGGUUCUAUGUGGGCAUGCCAAGCCCCAAAGGAGCAGAAAAAGAUUCGCAGGAGCAAGUGCGGUACUGUCCAAGUUGUGGUGGCAAAGCACAGAUCGACUUCCGCUUCUGCCAGUUUUGCGGCACGCCUCUAGCUCACAGUGAAACUGUGUGGGGAGCAUGA